AUGUCGGGGGAAAAUCAUCAGUACAAUGGAUCUGGUCGGAUCCCUUCACUGGCAAAUGUUGUAAAUCGCGGCGGGAACGAGGGCGACGGCGACAACGGUUCUAACGCAUUGAAACCAUUAUCAAACGACGAGGUUCGAAAAAGACUUGUACAUGGGGAGGAGUGUAGUUCGAAUACGAAUUCGCAGCUUGAUGAGGAGACUGAUACAGAUGAGGAAGUUGGUGAGGUUGCAUUUAACCAGAACGAUUUUAAGUUUGACUUCGAGAAGCAGGAGAAGGAUAUAGGGAAACCCGAAUCCGGAACGAUGACACUUGAUGGGUUAACAUCCGAGAGGAGCACAGGGAAAGGAGGACGAGAGGAGUUGACAGCUACAAAUGUCAAGGAAUCGGGAAGGCGUUCGGCGGAGGAGUACGCGGAUAUGAGAGUGGAUGAUAACAGUGUCGUUAAGAAGCCAAUGGAUAUUUUUGAAGAGAGAGAAUCUUUGGAAUCGAAGAAGAACAAUCUCAAGAAGGAUCUGAAGGUAUUAAAUGAGAUUGCGUCCACCGCAAGACCGAGUAGAUAUAAGGUUGCGCCGAUUUGGGCUCAAAAAUGGAGGCCUACUGUGAAGGCAUUGCAGAACAUUGGGGUGAAGGAUCAUGUGCAGAUCGAUGUUUCGCUUACGCAGGUUAUUCCAGAUGACGAUCUAACGAAGUCAGUUCAAGAUUGGAUUUACGCAACAGUUUUGAGUGUUCCGACUGACCAGAGGCAGUUUAUUGAGCUUGAAAUGAAGUUUGGGGUUCUGAUGGAUGGUGGUUCUGACUCACAGAGAGUUAAUCCUCCGGUUUCAUCUCAAAGCGUUUACACUGAAUUAGAUGCGCGCAUGAAGCCUGAUGUUGAUGAGCGUGUGUUCUUUGAGUUGAAUCGGUACAUAAAGGGCAUCUCGGAACUCAACGAAAACACUGGAAAAUUCAAUAUUAUCGAGUCACACACCAAGGAUGAGCUUUAUAGAGUUGGUAUAAACACCCAAAGACCGAGGUUUCUCAGGAUGAGCAGAGAUGUGAAAACAGGCCGUGUUGGAGCGUUUAUCGAGAAGAAACAUAUUUCCCAACUUCUUUUAUAUUCACCCAAGGAUAGUUAUGAUGUUAAGAUUUCAGUUAACGUUGAAUUGCCUGUACCAGACAAUGAUCCCCCAGAGAAAUACAAAGAUCAUAUACCGAUCAGUGCUAGAACCAAGGAACGUAUUAGUUAUAUUCAUAAUGAUUCAUGUACCAGGAUUGAUAUCACAAAGGUUUCCAACCACAAUCAAGGUGUAAAGAAGAACGACACGGAGUUAACUCACGAAAUAGAACUGGAGUUGAAUACACAAGCACUUCUAAAUUCUUUUGACAAUAUUGCAAAUGAUAGUAAGGGUUAUGCAUCCAUAAUAAGAACUUUUCUAAACAAUGGAACGAUUAUUAGGAGAAAACUAACCUCUCUAUCGUAUGAAAUAUUUGAAGGUAGUAAAAAAUUGUAA